GCAGAGGAUCGUAGCGAAGCUUUAAGCCUUUAAGCAUCUGCUAGUAGUAGUAGUAAUCUGCUUAUCAUUGGUUGUUGGGUGCACGGGGUCCUCUUUACACCGAGCAUUGGGUUUUACUCAGAUGCCGCUUACCUCCAAACCACGACUGUAAUACUUGAUUGAAGUCCUUCCAUUCUACAACUAGUCAUGCAGACAUAUGAGGACAACGAGCCUAUUGUUCGAAUACGCGAUUACAAGCCAGACCGAGUGGAUUUUGUACUUGAGAAUGUCGACCUCGGAUUCGCAAAUUCUUUUCGACGUGUAGUACAGGCAGACAUACCAACCAUCGCGGUCGACAUGGUUGAGGUAGAAGCAAAUACAACAGUGCUACCCGAUGAAUUCAUAGCACAUCGCAUUGGAAUGGUCCCGUUGGUGAGCGCAAACUGCGAUGAAGGCAUAAGAUACACUCGAGACUGCCUGUGUUUGUCUGGUUGUCAGUAUUGCUCAAUAGAGCUAAGACUGGACGUCUCGUGUAAUGAUAAUCGCACAAUGGACGUCACGAGCAAUCAUCUUGAGGUCAUACCGCCCACCUAUACUGAUGGAGAAACUCCUGGCGACGAGCUCACGAAAAGGGGAGAGGAUUUCGGGCAACCAGUGGGGAAAAAUAAGGCUGACGUACCACCAGUCCUCAUUUGCAAGAUACGGAAGGGUCAAGAGCUCAAGUUACGAUGCGUCGCCAAAAAGGGUAUAGCAAAGGAGCACGCAAAGUGGUCACCAUGCUCAGCAGUCGCGUUUGAAUACGAUCCCUACAAUAAAUUGCGGCACACGACAUAUUGGCAUGAAACAGAUCCACGGACGGAGUGGCCCGUCGGUGAAAACGCGAAGGAAGAAGAGACUCCAAGAGACGACGAAGUUUUCGACUUCAAUGCGAAGCCAAGAAAAUUUUAUUUCGAUGUUGAGACGGACGGGAGUCUUGGGCCUCAGGAAGUGAUCAUGAAGGGUCUUGCGGAGUUACAGACAAAACUUGCAAAUCUAAUACUUGGUUUGAAGGAAGGAGUGGACCUGCCGACUGGCGGGGAUGGAGCGGAGGCUGGGGUGAAUGGUCAUGUCUCUGCUGGUGAUUGGGCGCACCAACCAGGUGGUGGCGGUUGGGGUCAGAAUGCCGCUUCUGGUGCUGGAUAUGCAAGUCCCGCUGGUGGUGGCGGCUGGAGCACUAGUGGCGGUAGCGGUGGGUGGGGCACUACUAGCCCAGCACCAAAUACUGGGGGAAAUACGGGUGCAUGGGCAACAAGUCCUGCGCAAAAUGCGGGAGGAGCUCCCAAUACUACUUGGGGGACGAGUCCAGCUCAAGCAUGGGGAGCUUCAAGUCCGAAUGCAGCAUCUGGGAGCGGUUGGGGGACGUCUACUCAACAGGGUUGGGGUAGCCCUACUCAACAAGCCAGUGGUUGGAACCUAUGAUGAGUGUUUACUUUACAUAUAGUUUUCAAUGGCACGCAUUUGAUUUGGACGGCCAUA